AUCCCAAGCACAAUCAUGUUUGUUGGAUAUUAUCUUAAUUGCAAUUUGAAGCCAUUUCCCAGGUUAAUUAAUUCACUAAUUGAGACAUACAAUUAAGCUAUCGACUUGAUUAUAGCCCUGUCAAUAUGAAACUCAUGAUGGAUUCCCCUUCAUGUAUAAGGCGAUGCGUCCAUUAAGAAGAAAAGAGGAACAAAACAAGCGAAAAGCUGGUAUAUAAAACAAGCUGAAAUCACACGUCUGCUUGGAGAUAGGUUUUCUGGCACAGACUCAGUGUGCCAGUGUACCAGACGCCAGGUAAAAGCGAGAGUAUCUGCCCGUAAUGACGUCAUGAAUAUUUACACGGGAUGACAUCCACCGUUACGUCGUAAAUAUUCCACAAAACGGGGAUGGACCAUUAUGCAUCACUGUGUCAGCUGCGUCCUGCAGUUUCCGAUCCUAUGUACUCAAAUGCGCCAUAAUUGUGUCGAUUGCAAAGAAGCACUACUGUAUUUGCACUGUUACAGAAUUUUACAGAUUUCACCCGUAAACUACAUGUACAUUUGAAUUCUCCUAAAACCCCCUCCUAUUCCAGUACUGAGUUGUCCCUCAUCAUCAGGUGUACAUCCCGCAGCACCGGUUGUGCCAGGUAAGACACGGUAGCGCACACGAAAGGCUUCGUUUUUUCAAGAGGUGUUAUCUUUGCUGCAAGGCGUGAAAUCAUUGUGACAUUCUACGUCAGAAAACCUGACAGGCACAGGCGCAGGUUGGUUCCCAUAGGUACCAAAUUACCCUCCUCCUCUUGAAGACGGCUACCGCCAGGCGCUCCACCAUGCAGCGGGACGUGCCACCUGUUUCCACCGCGCCCAGCUCCGCCAAGCAGCAUGCCCCCACCGGCUACCCGCACGACAGCAAGCCGCCGACGUUCACCUCCGACAAGAAGGCAAAAAUGGCCGCCAAGACAAACAAGAAGUGGGUUCGUCUCGCCACGGUUUUCGCCUACGUUUUCUGCGUGUCGCUGGCAGCCAUCGUGCUGGCGAUCUACUACAGCUUCUUCUGGACCGGCACGACACUACAGGCUGCCGCGGGAGGGGGCACCAGUACCCCCGGCAACAUCACAAACACCACCCUGGCGAGUCCGACCGCUGCUCAAACAACUCCAGCUGCAGCCAACACACCAGCCGCCACUCCAGCAGCGUCAACACCGCUGCCAACUCUGCCUGCUAACCUGUCAACUGCCACUCCAGACAAUGUCACAGCCCUGAUAACUGACUGACACCUGUAGGAGCUGAACUCUGCAAGAUGGAUCGGCAACGCCACAUAAUCUGUUCAUCUGACAGCAUCAUUGUCAUGACUUUGUUCUGGAACUUGGGAUGUUGAAGGCUAGAAGGAAACAGACCAUUUGAAAUUCACAGUUUUGGACAUAUACUGAUGUCACCUGCAGGAAUUAUCUUAUACAAGACUAUCCUAUACAUGAUUAUCUCUUUUCUUGUUUUGUCAUCCUCAACAGAGGUGAAGAAUGAUUCUUUUUCAAGUAGCUACUAACGUGAUGUGGCUUUGCUACAGCUCAUGUAUUUAGGCUAUUUUUUUAGCCAAGCACACCUGGACCCCCCCUACUUUUCUCAAUAAGUGUGUGGGGUUGAAAAACCGUGCUAUUUAUGACCAGAUACAUGGGAAAAUUAUAUGUAGCAGCAAGACAACAACAUCUGGUUACAAUUAUUCUAUGACAUCUGUUUUUGUUAUGUGGGAGUGACAAAAUGAUGCUUUUUGCAUUAUUUUUGUUCCUGUCAGACUUGACUACUUUUCAUAGAAAAAGAUUGAUAGACAGAACUCAAAGGUUGUCUUUUAGGAUGCUGAGUUCACCUCACUACAGUCAUACCAGAAUGUGUAACAGAUGGUCAGAAUCAAUAUUAUUUGAUGUGCACUAAUUCGUUAAUUUCAUGCAGACCAGGUAACUCAUACUCCAUGCAAUUUAGAUAAGAUUUUACUGAAGCUGCAAUCAAUCAUGAAGGAUGGGUUAAACUGGGAUGCUAUAAAAAUAUCAUGUGUUAGCAUGUAAGGUAUUGAACAACAUCAUUUUGAGUAUUUGAAUUGUUAUAUUACAGCAUUGCUCAAUUGAAACUUAGAAGUGUAGUAUGAUGCUGCAUUGUUGUCAGAAAUGUUACAGUGUACAUAAGAGAAAUUGUCAUGUUGUUUUUCAAAAAUUUAUAUGUAUUGUAAGUAUGGCAUAUACAUAUAUAUGGAUUUACUGUCAUUGGUUUCAUAUCUUGUGUAUUACACAAGGCUUUCUGAAACUAUAUAGGAGUUUGUGGAAGUGAUCUAUUUUUACGUUAAAAUGUGUAAGAAGAAUAUACCUGUCAUUCUUAAGUUAUACCUGUAAAUGUAAUGUGUAGGGAUCUAAGUCUAUUUUCUUGUGUAUAGAUACAUUUACAGGUUUUAUCCCAUAUUUUUAACAUUAAAAUGAACAUCCGUUAUAUUGUUACAUAACAUCUAACCAUCAGAUGAUGUCUGAUUAUCAUUAUCAUGAAUUGAAAAUUAUUUGGAUUCUUAUUGAUGAGUUAGAAUGUUUGGGUGGUUUCUAGCAUGUAACAUGUUAACUUGGGUCUGUUGAUGAACUCACAAACACUGAUGUUCAUUAAACGUGAAGGAUAUCAUUUCAAACUGUCAGAUUGUAAAAUUGUAGUACAUUGUUGUAUUUAAAUAAUGUAUGUAUUAAUAUCAAUGGAUGAUAUGGAAGCUUUGAAUAUAUUGUACUUGUAUUUUCAUCUGUAAUUACAGUAAUUAUAU